GUUGCUGUCUGUAGAUAUUAUUAAAAAUGUUAAUUGAUCUUGCACAAACUGUGCUCAACAUUAUAAUUCUUACUUUACCAUAUAUAUUUAAAUAAUGUGGUGUAUAACAUGUUAUCCCUAGUAUAAUAAUUUCUAACCACUUAAAAUGACCAAUGCAGGUGCAUGGGAUGCAGUUGUGACGUGUUUCUUUAUUGAUACCGCUCAUAACAUUGUUGAGUAUAUUGAAAUAAUUUCAAAAAUUUUGAAAGAUGGGGGAGUUUGGAUAAACUUGGGACCUCUACUAUAUCACUUUGCAGAUGUGUAUGGACAGGAAGAUGAGAUGUCCAUUGAAUUGAGUUUGGAAGAUGUUAAGAGUGUCGCAGUAAGUUAUGGAUUUGAAUUUGAGAAAGAAAGCACAAUUGAGACAACUUACACCACAAAUCCUAGAUCAAUGAUGCAAAAUCGCUAUUUUGCUGCAUUUUGGACGAUGAGAAAAAAAUCUGUAUAGAGAAAUUGCAUGUGCUCUGAAAUGGAGGGAUGUACUAUGAUAUCACCUUUCUUUUAUUUGAUGAGGCUUAUAAUUUUCUUGGAAUGAUCAAAACGCUGAUGAUUUAUUUUUUUGUUUGUUAAAAAAUAUGUGAAUGUUUUUCAUAAACUAUGCAAUCAAUUAUUGAAUACUGAAUACAAUUUAGCGUGGUUU